AUGCACGAGCUCUUACUCUUCGCCUCGGUCCCCGUUCAUCAACAUCAUGAGCUUCUCCAGCAGCUUGCCGGGUUGACGGCCAUGCAGCCUCGCCACGCUCUCGAGCGUCGGCUGAUCUUUAAGGCCUAUCGGAAACCAGGACUGGUUACCGUUCGUACGGGAGGUAGCCAAGACCUGCAAUCAGGAGACUUGCAACGGGUGAAUAAGCUACUGAAUGGUGGCAUGUUCUACACUCAGGUUGUCGGCCCCGUGUCGGAAGCGGAUUUUAAGGUGCCCGGUGUGGCCCCAGAUUCGGAUACUCAGAUGGCAGGAAUGGAGAACGAUUCCAAGUCUGCCCCGACCCAACAGGCUUAUGACUAUGAGCAACAGCCCUGGAAGUUGGAGUUUAGAGAUAUCCCAGAAGCGGGUACUCGUUCCGCUGUCACAGCCCGGGUGAUGGCAAGCGCCUCGCUACCGCGUGGCGAUAUUGUCCCCUCUAUGAAUGCGUGGGGCUAUAGCUUUGUGACCGAGUAUGUGGUUGAGGGCGAUAUCUUUCUUCAUAAUGAUAUCACUAUCUUCUUACAUCGAGUAUUGCACUACCCGGCUAGUGAUCAAGAGUCCCGAGAGCCUCGACAAGGUCUACCUGCAUUCUCUGAGAUGACCACCUUGGAGAAGAGUGGAAGCUAUGUGUUACAGGCCUCUAUCAAUGUUCAGGAUGGGAGUAACCAGGAGACUAUGAAGACAGCCUCCCAGCAUCUGUUCGGGCUUCGGGAGCAACUCAAAUCUGCGGUGAAGCUGGAGCAGGCUGACCGUCUGUCUCUAGACACAAGGGCGAAGUGA